AUGAGGAUGUUCCUCUUUCUCUUUGCUGUUUUCUUCUUUCUGGCCCCAGCCAGGAACGCGUUCUUUGAUAAGAAAUGCUACAAGCUUAAAGGGAGAUGCGUGAAUUCUUGUCAGAAAAAUGAAGAGCUGGUUUCUCUCUGCCAGAAGUCUCGGAAAUGUUGCCUGCUUCUCCAGACAUGUUCCAAGUCCAAAGAAAUGAUGCUCAUUGAUGACAAGGUUCCUGGGAGCACCACGGAAGGCCCAGCCACCUCCUCUCCUUACCCGACCUUUUUCUAA